UCCGGGUUUGGGACGUUGGAGUUCGAGAGGCCUUGUGGGGUCCCCUUUGUCUUUCAUUGAACCCAAAUGACAAAACAAAAUGCAAUUGGGUUUCUUCCAUUCUUCUUCCUUCCCAGAAAAUGUUAAAACAAGCUUCAAUGGCUCCUUUUCUGUCUUGUGCAUAAUCAAAUCUUCCCUCAGAUCAUCUAGCACAAUCCUUCACAAUAGUAUUGUUUCAUUCAGUCAUUCUCAAUGUUGCUAAGAAACUCCAUUUCCAACACCAAGAAGUUCUUCAGAAGGACCCUCAACAACUUCAAGUCUUUCUUCUCUUCAGGAUACCACAGGCUUCCAAAAACAUCUCCCCACCAUCACUUUCCCUAUUCUUCACCUAGUCCUCUCAUCCUCAUGGACACCCAUCAAAGUAAUUCAGAAUUGGAGAAGCUCAAUACUCACCAAUGGGAUUCCUCAGAGAAAGAGAAGGCAGAGAGAAGGAGCCAGGAAAAGGAGGAGUAUUAUCAUCGAAGUCCUGUACAGAAGAAGAAGAUGAAGCAGAUAGAUAAAAGAGACAAUGAGAGGAACAUGAUUAGUCAUCAAAAAGGGAGGCAUGAAGAGUCACCAGUGAGAAAUUUAAUGGUGGAAAGGAGGCUGAGGGAGCUAGAGAUGCUGGAUAUGGGGAAUGUGGAAUAUGUGUUGGACAUUGAAGAGGUUCUUCAUUACUAUUCAAGGCUCACUUGUCCUGCAUAUCUUGAAAUUGUGGAUAACUUCUUCAUGCAGAUCUACUCUGAGUUCUUUGCUUCUGUUUCUAAAUUGCCCCCUCCAAAUCAAUAAGCCUCUUUCCCUGCUUACUUGAUUCUCUUUGUUUAUUGACCCUACAUUAUUAGAACUGUUUGGUCUGUUUCAAUAAUUUAAA